AGCACUUGUAGCUGUAACUGUUUUUCAACUGACAUCAUUCAUGAAUCAUGACUUGCUGAAUGAUGCAUUGGCCACUUCCACUUGACCGAGUUAUGCCUCUUCGUCAUUCACAUGGGACUGACCCACCACAAAUGUUCCACUGGGUCGGGCCUGAUUCGAUCUGACCCCUCGACACCCCGGCCUGAAAUUCCACGAACUGGGCUCUUGUUCUCUGGACAACUUCCAUUCAUUUGAAUAAGUUGGCCUUGCUAAGGUCCUUCAGCCCAAUGUAUGUCAGAGCGAUGGGCCCAACCCAUGAAUGCAGCCCAAACCUUUUCGGUUCUGCCAACUACAAGGAAAAUCAAGGUUUGGGCAGAAUGUCCAGAAUUCGGUUCACACAUGCAAAAGGACUACAAUUAAAGCGCUCUUUUGGGGACCUAGGAAAGCUUUGGAGACACCGGAUACAGAUUGUUCACUUGGACAUUUCACUUUAACAGGGUCUGGCUUAGAGGGAGAUUCUACAAGCUCGGGCAAGCCUCAAAUUGUUUUUGUUUCACCUGUAUCUUCAAUCUUAGAGGUUCCUUCGGCUGAAUGGGAUGCAUGCAAUCUAGAUUCUACGGGUCCUGAAAAAUUCAAUCCAUUUCUUAGCCAUGGUUUCCUUUCUAGCUUAGAGGAGUCGGGAAGCGCUGUGAAGGAAACAGGAUGGAUACCACAACAUAUCAUUGCGCGGGAUGAACAUAAGAACAUAUUAGGUGUUGUCCCACUUUAUCUUAAAAGCCAUUCUUAUGGUGAAUACGUUUUCGAUCAUGCAUGGGCGGAUGCCUACUAUAGUUACGGAUCAAGAUAUUAUCCAAAACUACAAUGUUGUGUACCUUUCACUCCAGUAACUGGGCAAAGGUUCUUACUUCGUGACACUCCAUACAAGGAUCAGGUCUUCGACAUUUUAGUCUCUGCAAUGAAGGACCUGACUGCCAAGGUUCAGGUUUCAUCGUUGCAUGUUACUUUUCCACUGGAAAGUGAAUGGCACAGAAUGAAGGAAAAAGGUUUUCUGCAGAGGAUGGGAAUGCAGUACCACUGGAAGAAUCGCAAUUAUAAGAACUUUGACAAGUUUUUAAUGGAUAUGAAGCAAAACAAAAGGAGAAGUAUACGUCAAGAUCGGAAGAAGAUUUCUGCUCAAAAUUUGACUAUGAAACGCCUGCGAGGAGAUGAAAUAACGGCUAGGCACUGGGAUACCUUCUAUCAGUUCUACAGGAACACAACAGAUAACAAGUGGGGUAGUGCUUAUUUAACAAGGGAUUUCUUUCAUGGCAUGGGUUCAAAACUGGGAGAUAAUGUACUAUUAGUUGUUGCUGAAGAAGGCGACAAGUUAGUUGCUGGAGCUCUUAAUCUUAUUGGAGGGGAUACUUUGUUUGGGCGCUUAUGGGGAUGUCUCCCUGGAGCUUAUUAUCCAAGUUUGCAUUUCGAAGCAUGUUAUUACCAGGCAAUUGAAGCAGCUAUCGAACUCAAUCUUGACACUGUAGAGGCCGGAGCCCAGGGUGAGCAUAAAGUUCAGCGUGGCUAUAUGCCAGUCCCAACUUAUAGCUGUCAUUAUAUUGCGGAUGAAGGUUUUAGAAAAGUAAUAGAGGACUCUUUGGUCCGAGAAACAGCACAGGUUAAGCUUGUUAUGAAGCUAAUGCACGAAUCUGGUCCAUUUAAGGAGGCCACAGAGUAGGUGCUGAGCUAAAACCAACCGCAUAAUUAAUCAAGGAAUUAGGAUUAUUGUUGGUAAUCAAUGUGUCCCGACUUGUGGACUGUUUCCAAGUGAUAAUCUGAGAAUGAAGGGAUGCUGCUGGUCCACUGUGAGGUGGAAAAGAGAGCCUAGUCUAAGCUCUAGUGAAGAGAAUGGGUCUGUUUAUAUUGCAUUACAAUAAGCCAGAUAUUGUAAAUAUAGGCUUUGUAGAAUAGGGGCAGUACAUAUAGCUUCUAUGUAUGCUCCUCUCUUUGCCAUUCAAUGUACAAAAUUCAUUCUAAGUUUAAGUCUGUAAUAGCCAUGACAACGUCAAUCUUCAGAGGCAAUUUACUUAAGACAGCAAUUGAUCUUGGUAA